CGCUUGACCAAUGCUUGAAAUGAUAGUAGCUGAUUUGUUGCCCAACUCCUACUUGCCCAUCUUAGAGUUCUAUUACAUGUUUUGCUACUGCUUGAAGGAGCAUGCAUUGGAUGUGUUUGACCAUAUACACUUGUAAACAACUAGAGAUUAGUAGUUCAGUACUAGUAGUAUACCGAAUUCUUCUGUUUCCCAAUUCUUUCGAUGGAUGCUAGCUGAUUUACUUGUUUCUUCUUGUACCCAUUGAGGAGACAUGCUAGCAACUUGGUUCCCCAAUUUUGAUCAUGUAUUUAAUUUUGAUAUCUAUGUAUGUCAGUUCUGAACCGGUAAGCGUCUUGGCUUAGAAUGAAAAUCUACUCUACAAUGAAUCUCUUUUCCCUUUACUCUCCCCGGUAUCUCUCUGGAGCUUUCGCAUAGCAACAAGACAAUCUAGCUAGGUUACAAUUAGGCACAUGCGCUUUCCCCUUAUUAUCUCUAUUUGAUGUACUGUUGACUUGCUUUCUUCUUAUUUUGCAGGUGAUCUCAUAGCUGCCCUACUUCUCCUCGCUGCAAGCAGAUCUGACGAUGGACAACCUUGGACAUAGAGAAAAUGGGAGGCAAAGGGUAGACCCAUAUAAAGGACUUCAUACCCAGUGGAUGAUGCCCCAAAGGCAAAUAAGGGAUCACCACAGUAUGAACCUCCUGGCACUAAUGACUGAGAGAGACAAUGCCAUUAUGCAAAGAGACCAUGCUCUGGCUGAGAAGAAAGCUGCCAUGGCUGAGAGAGACAUGGCAUUUGCGCAGCGGGACUCUGCAAUGGCUGAACGGAAUGCUGCAAUCGUCGAACGAGACAACGCCCUUGCUGCGCUUGAACUAGCCCGUGCAAAUGGAUUUAAUGUGAAUAACGGGAGCGGAUUCAACACAGAAUCUCUCAGUGGAACGAAGAACUUCCAACACCAUGACCAGCAUUCCCAUGAUCAAUCAUCACCACUGCAACUGGCAGAUUCUCCAUAUGAUCAUGCGAGGGAAAUGCACAUAUCAGAUGCAUACCCUAUCUCAACAGCCCCAGGGAGUGCUGGAAAGGCAAAGAAGCCCAACAAAAAUAGUUCCCAAGCAUCUCCAUUGAAGAGGCCAUCAGGUGUGCUCCGGAAAACCAAGAAAGCCACUGGUGACUGGCGAGAUGUCGGAAUGCCCAGUGUCGGUGAGGAUCCAGCUCGCGUUUCUGUGAUGAAGAACGAGUGGAAGGACCAGGACCUUGGUCUUAACCAGGUUGCAUUUGACGAGUCAUCCAUGCCCGCACCUGCCUGCUCGUGCACAGGAAACCUACGACAGUGCUACAAGUGGGGCAAUGGUGGGUGGCAGUCGUCCUGCUGCACCAUGAGCAUGUCCAUGUACCCGCUCCCGGUGAUGCCCAACAGGCGCCACGCUCGGAUGGGGGGAAGAAAGAUGAGCGGCAGUGCUUUCACAAAACUUCUCAGCCGGUUAGCGGCUGAAGGCCAUGAUCUCUCGACAUCGGUGGACCUCAAGGACCACUGGGCCAAGCAUGGCACGAAUCGGUACAUCACCAUCAGGUAGCUCUGGCGCUCCUAUUGAUGAACAGCGAUUAGUGCAUGAUUCAAGCUGUAAAGGGUGGAGAUCAGGCUAAGGUUGCUUCUCUUGCAUCCCCUAAAGUCUACUUACUGGGAGUCAGGGAUGUGAUUGGGAAUUUGGGAUUUAGGUAGAGUUUUGUGUUUUUUGGGAUGCUUUAGGUACUCCUUUCUGAACCCCGAACUGCUGCUGUGUCACUGCCUCACUGGACCGUGGAAAUGUAAUUGUAACAACUCGAGGUAUUCGUUGUCCGAUCAUUGUAUAGUCUCACUACUAGAUCAAAUUGGUGGUAGUAAAAUGACUAGUACUGUUAGUCUUC